AUGACGAAUAGGGUCCAACCCGUUGUUAUAGAGGUGGGCGAAAGCUCUGAAGCGAGCGGACAGCGUGAAAAAUGGACCUCCAAAGCUGACUUCAUAGCGUCAUGUAUUGGCUAUGCGGUUGGCCUGGGGAAUAUAUGGAGAUUCCCGUAUCUUUGUUACAAGAACGGCGGAGCUACUUUUUUAAUUCCAUAUUUUCUGACGUUGAUAACCUGUGGAAUUCCUUUGUUUUAUCUGGAGCUGGCCCUCGGACAGUAUUUGAGUCUCGGUACCAUCAAAGCUUGGGCAGUGGUUUGCCCUGCGCUUAAAGGGAUUGGAGUUGCCAUGGUGAUUAUUUCCUUCCUGAUCUCUAUUUACUACAACGUUGUUAUAUCCUGGAGUCUUCUGUAUCUAUACCACUCCUUUGCUUCUGUUGUCCCAUGGAAGUCUUGUGGCAAUUCGUGGAACACUGCAAAUUGCAGUGAGGACUUCAGAAAUUUCACUGCUAACUGCACGACUCUCAAUUGCUCAAUGACCGCAGUCUCCCCCAGCCAGGAGUUCUGGGAGCGUCGUAUCUUGAACGUUUCAAAUGGCAUCGACGAGCCGGGUGAGAUUCGUUUACCUUUGGCCACCACGUUGUUUAUCUCGUGGAUCGCUGUUUUCUUUUGCAUCCAUAAAGGCAUCAAGAGCUCUGGGAAGGUGGCCUAUUUCACGGCCAUCUUCCCCUACAUUGUGUUGUGUAUCUUAUUGGUGCGUGGUGUCACUCUGCCUGGUGCACUUGAUGGGAUCAUCUUUUACCUAAAACCAGACGUCGAAAAGCUCUUAGAGCCACAGGUUUGGAUCGAUGCCGCUACUCAAAUAUUUUUCUCCCUCAGUGUGGGCCUUGGAGGCCUGGUCACCUAUGCCAGCUACAAUGAAUUCAAUAACAACUGUGAACGGGACGCAGUUGUGGUAUCGUGCAUCAAUUGUGCAACCAGUGUAGGCGGAGGGUUUGUGAUCUUCAGUGUCAUUGGCUUCAUGGCCCACACCCUUAAUAGGGAAGUGGCACAAGUUGUAUCCUCUGGACCUGGUCUUGGUUUCGUGGCUUAUCCUGAAGGGAUUGCUCAAAUGCCGGCUGCACCUGUUUGGGCUGUGAUGUUCUUCUUUAUGCUUUUCACGAUUGGACUCGGCAGUCAGUUUGUAUUUACAGAGACAACGAUUCGGGCGGUGUUGGACACCUUCACCAAACUUCGUCCUUAUAAGGGACGAUGCCUCUUCUGCCUUUGUCUCAUUUCAUAUCUUAUCGGGCUCUCUUGUGUCACUAAGGGAGGAAUCUAUGUCCUAAACAUAUUCGACAGCCAAAGUGGAGGCUUUUCUUUGAUUUGUGUGGUUGUUCUCGAAGCUGUUGCCGUCAGUUGGGGAUACGGAGUUGAUAAAUUCUCUGAUAACAUUAAAGAUAUGAUUGGAAAGAAACCCAGCAAGUAUUUUGUCAUUUGCUGGAAAUACGUCACACCUCUUGUUGCAACGUUGAUAUUUCUGGGAAGCAUCACCCAGUGGAAGAAAAUCACGUACAAUGGAUACAUGUACCCCGACUGGGCACAAGCUGUAGCAUGGCUGCUGGCUUUAUCGUCUUUUCUGACCAUUCCCAUCUUUGCUCUCUAUGCAAUUUUCCAUCCAAAGGGAUCAUUUAGAGAGAGAUUGAGGAAAGCAGUGAGUCCUAAUGUUAAUGUUCUUAAUGCUGUGGCCGAACGCCAUAACCUACCAAGCCGACCAAGCGUUUACAGAAAGUGCCCAGAGAUCAGGAUCGAUUUGAUCGACGUUGACAACUUUAAUAAACUUCCGGAAACGGAAGUUUAA